CUAUUGGGCUCAAUUGACGCUGAGUUUUAGAAACAGCUAUAAAAUUAAUUUUCUCGUUUACUUGUUUAAAAUCAAAGACUGUAUCAAAGGACUGUAUGAUUUUUUCAAACAUCACCAUGACUAUUCUACUAGUGAAUUAAUAUUUGUUUUAUUUAUGGUUUGAUCGUAAAUAAAUACGCUUAAACAUGAGUUUUUCAAUAGACGAAGUAAAUUUUCUUGUGUAUCGAUACUUGCAAGAAUCUGGGUUUCACCAUUCUGCUUAUACAUUUGGUAUAGAGUCUCAUAUUUCUCAAAGUAAUAUAAACGGAGCUCUUGUGCCACCGGCCGCUUUAUUAAAUAUAUUGCAAAAGGGUCUUCAAUAUACUGAAGCAGAAAUAACUAUAGGAGAAGAUGGAACAGAAACUCGUCUCACAGAGAGCUUGAGCCUAAUUGAUGCAGUCACUCCUGAUAUAGUUGCUGCUCGACAGAAUGCUCACAAUGCCCAAAAACAAGCAAAUAAAGAACCAGGUUCUGGAGGGGAACAAAACGGUGGCACUACUUGUACCGCACCCACUACUACAGGUGGGGCUGCUACACCCAGUGCCCCUGAAAACAUGGAUGUAGACCAAUCAAUUGAAAUACCUGCUAGCAAAGCAACUGUUCUUAGGGGACAUGAAUCAGAAGUAUUCAUAUGUGCAUGGAACCCUAGUACAGACCUUCUAGCUAGUGGUUCUGGAGACAGCACAGCUAGAAUAUGGGAUAUGUCAGAUAAUCCUGCCACAACUCCUAAUCAGCUUGUAUUAAGGCAUUGCAUUCAGAAAGGAGGAGCUGAAGUUCCCAGUAACAAGGAUGUGACAUCAUUAGAUUGGAAUUGCGAUGGAAAUCUUCUAGCAACUGGAUCAUAUGAUGGUUAUGCUCGUAUAUGGACCACAGAUGGCACAUUAGCAUCGACUUUAGGUCAACAUAAAGGACCUAUAUUUGCUUUGAAGUGGAACAAGCGAGGAAAUUAUAUCUUGAGUGCAGGGGUUGAUAAAACAACAAUUAUCUGGGAUGCAGCAUCUGGACAAUGUACACAGCAAUUCUCCUUCCACGCCGCACCUGCACUUGAUGUUGAUUGGCAAACAAAUACAGCAUUUGCAUCAUGUUCUACAGAUCAGUGUAUUCAUGUCUGCAGACUUCAUGUUGACAAACCUAUAAAAAGUUUCCAGGGCCACACAAAUGAAGUAAAUGCAAUAAAAUGGGACCCACAAGGGCAACUGCUUGCAUCAUGUUCAGAUGAUAUGACGCUUAAAAUAUGGUCGAUGAAACAGGACACUUGCGUUCACGAUUUGAAAGCCCACUCCAAGGAAAUAUAUACCAUAAAAUGGUCUCCAACUGGACCAGGCACACAGAAUCCUAAUAUGAAUUUGAUACUCGCUAGUGCAUCUUUCGAUUCAACUGUACGCUUAUGGGAUGUCGAGAGAGGAGUGUGUAUUCAUACACUUACAAAACACACAGAACCAGUUUACAGUGUUGCAUUUUCUCCCGAUGGCAAGUUUUUAGCGAGUGGUUCAUUUGAUAAAUGUGUACACAUUUGGUCAACUCAAACUGGUGGCCUUGUUCAUUCUUACAAGGGUACAGGAGGUAUCUUCGAAGUGUGUUGGAAUUCUAGAGGUACAAAAGUAGGAGCAAGUGCAAGUGAUGGAAGUGUUUUUGUCUUAGACUUGCGCAAAUUAUAAGAUAUGUAAUUUUUAUGUGUAAUAGAAAGCAAUAUUGAGACAAAACAACUGAUUAUAUAUUCUGUCACAUAAA